CACCGACGCAGUUCCGUUCGGAAACCACCGGAUCUGGACCGCCUCUCCGCGCGACAGCCAACCCCGCCGGUGUCACAGGCAGCGCCGUCGCCACGCGCCCCACGCGCGUCAUCUCUGUUCGCUGCAGUCAGGCGCGUGCCGCCCACGCGCCGCCGUCCAGUCGCCGGUUUGUCGUCGCGCCACCUCCAUAGCCGUCGCCAGAGCCUCCUCUACCCGAUUUGACCUUCAAACCUCUGUUCUGGUGAAGUCCAGUAGCACCCCUUGUGGAAAUCUCCCUAGGGUAUUCGAAAAUCGUCACUGUUUCACUGUUUUUCGGGAUCCUCUCUGUUUUUGUUUAUUCUCUUGAUCAGAUAUGGCCACUGGAGGUACUGGGAGUGCUAUUUCAUUCUCCGGAAGCCCCUGCAUCACUUUCGAGAAACUAAAUGGCCAAAAUUACUUAUCUUGGUCCGCUGCCGUCGAGAUGUGGUUUCUCGGUCAAGGACAUCACGACCACCUUGAGAAAGAUGGCAGCCACAUGCCUUCUGAAAAAGCUGAACGGUGGAACCACGACUUUUGAUGUCCCUACGGGCCUUCAAAACAUGCCACUCGUUUUGGAAGCGAACUCAGAAUAUCUAUGCAAAUGAUAUCCAGCGCCUCUAUGAUUCGGUGAACAAGUUGGCAUCUAUGAAAAUGACUAACCAUGAUAUGAUUUCAUUCAUGAAUGAUGCUCAAGCUGCUGUGGAAGAACUUCAAAUGUUCUUGGAAGUCGACUCUCUAGAUGAAAUGAAGAAAAAGCUUGACAAGUACUAUAUGGUAAUGAUCCUCCGCGCUAUACACCCAGACUUUAAUCAUAUCCGAGAUCAGCUUUUGACCUCUCAUGAGGUUCCUUCCAUGGAAACUUUGAUCUCCCGCAUGAUACGUGUUCCAACUCUUCAAACUCCAGAAACUCUUGCUGUAAUGGAACCAUCUGUCAUGGUCGCCACCCGAGGAAGAGGAGGUCGUGGAACUAGAGGAGGUGGACGUGGAGGUCGUGGGCGUCCUCAGUGUACGUAUUGUAAAAGGAUGGGUCAUACCCAAGAAAACUGCUACACUUUACAUGGAUUUCCUGCCAAAACAACCAAUGUCUUCCAGGCAGAGACUACUGACUCCAAGUUCACUGAGGACGAGUAUCAAGAGUACCUACGACUCAAAUCCAACAGCUUGGCACAGUCAUCCCAAGCUCCAAGUACAUCAACUGUUUGCAUCUCUCAAUCCAUGGAAGGUCACAAUUCAUGGGUAAUUGACUCUGGUGCUUCUGAUCACAUUUCUGGAGCGUGGCUCGGGGAGACAGAUUGGAGAAGGAUAUGAAGCGGGCGGAUUAUACCAUUUUGGAUCUCGUCCAUGGGUGUCAUGUGUUGCAGCUCCCAAUCCUAAAAUGUUACAUGAUCGGCUUGGUCACUCUCACCUGUCCAAGUUAAAGAAAAUGUUUCCUGAACUUCGUAGUCUCCAGACUUUAGAAUGUGAGUCAUGUCAACUAGGAAAACAUGUUAGAUCUACCUUUCCUAAAAGGUCUCAAUCAAAGUGUACUUCUAGUUUUAAUGUCAUCCAUUCCGAUAUCUGGGGACCUAGUCGUGUCUCAUCUUUUGGCUUUAGGUAUUUUGUUACUUUCAUUGAUGAGUAUUCGAGAUGUACUUGGGUUUAUCUUAUGAAAGAUCGUUCUGAAUUGUUAUCCCUCUUCACAUCCUUUUUGAAUGAAAUCAAGAAUCAAUUUGGUUAAGUAAUCAAAAUCUUAAGAAGUGACAAUGCCAAAGAGUACUUUUCGUUUGCUAUUUCUAAUGUUUUGAGUUCCCAUGGUAUCCUGCACCAGUCUACUUGUCCUCAUACGCCACAACAAAAUGGUAUAGCAGAAAGAAAAAAAUAGACACUUAGUUGAAACUGCUCGUACCCUUUUGCUUAAUGCCAAUGUUCCUGUCCAUCACUGGGGAGAUGCCAUCUUAACUGCAGGUUUUCUUAUUAAUCGGAUGCCAUCUUCCUCUCUCAAUCAUAAGGUCCCUUUCUCCAUUCUGUUUCCAGAAAAUCCUCUCUUUCACACUUCUCCUAGAGUUUUUGGUUGUGUAUGUUUUGUUCAUGACAUGUCUCCCGGGUUAGACAAGCUUUCUGCUCGCUCUCUCAAAUGUGUUUUCUUGGGCUAUUCACGACUUCAAAAAGGGUAUCAAUGCCACUCUCCUGAAACCAAGAAAUAUUACAUGUCUGCCAAUGUUACAUUUUUUGAACAGACCCCUUACUUCUCUCCAUCUGUUCAAGAUGUCCAUGUCAUACAGCAGGUCCUUCCUAUUCCCGUGGUUGAGUACAAUAUUUCCAAUGUCCCUAUCACUCCAAGUCUCGACCAAAGUCCUCCUGAGCCAUCAUCUCCACCUAUUGCUUCUCUCCAACACAGGACGCUGACGAAUAGUCCAGUUGUUCAAGAACAUGGUGAAUCCCCUACUUCAGAUUCUUCUCCCUCGUCUCUUGAUCCCACGACUCCUGGUGAAGGUGAUUCAGGUUGGCCCAUUGCUCUCAGAAAAGUUACUCGUUCCUCUCGAAA